AAUACCAAACCAGUAAUAAAAUGCGCUGACUGCACUACCUAAUAGAUUUAACUUUACCGUUAGGACUAGCAUACCGAACCUAGAAGCCUAAAUAAUUACUAGCUAAUAGGAUAACCGUAUAAUGUAAACAAACAUUUCAGCCGCCAGUGUAAUAGCUAUGAAGGAAAGAGUUAAUUUUCAUUGAAUAAACAAACCUUGAAAUUGGAUUCGUGUAGCCGCGUAAGCAUUUAGUCAGGCAGCAGUCUUGUGAUACAAUGCAGACACACACGAAUGGAACUAAUGGCACAAUGUCCUCAUCGAUUCUGAUAACCGGCGGGGCGGGGUAUAUUGGCUCUCACACAGUAGCCGUCCUUCUGGAAGAGUCCACGCCCCACGACCUGGUCGUUGUAGAUAAUCUAUCCAACGCACACAGAGAAAAAGGACAGAAGAAACCAGAAUCUCUGAGGAUAAUAGAAGAGCUGACUGGCAAGAAUGUGCACUUCUAUGAUGCUGAUAUUAGAGAUGCGGCGAAGUUGAGUGAGAUCUUUAACAAGCACAACAUAGAAAGCGUGAUCCACUUCGCGGCGCUGAAGGCAGUGGGUGAGUCAGUCGAUAAACCACUGGAGUACUAUCAAGUCAACAUCUCUGGGACGUGCACACUCUUUGAAGUUAUGCGUAAACAUGGCGUCUACAAACUAGUCUACAGUUCCUCGUGCACUGUGUACGGAGAGCCUCAGAAGUUGCCGAUAGACGAGUCCCACCCGACAGGCCUAGGGCUCACUAGCCCGUACGGCAAGUCCAAGUACUUCUGUGAGGAGAUUAUGAAGGACAUCUGCAGGAGCGACCCUAAAUGGACAGUGGUGUCCCUACGUUACUUCAACCCCGUUGGAGCCCACCUUAGCGGCCGAAUCGGUGAGGACCCUGCUGGCACACCGAACAACCUGAUGCCUUACAUAUCACAGGUGGCCGUCGGCCGUCUUCCAGAGCUCCAAGUGUUCGGCAACAACUACCCAACUUCAGACGGAACUGGCGUCCGUGACUAUAUUCACGUGGUAGACCUAGCCGCGGGUCAUGAACGCGCCGUGCGUCUGUUAAAACAACCGGGCGCUAGCGGGUUCCACGCUGUUAACUUAGGUACCGGUGUCGGCUACUCAGUCCUCCAAAUGAUAAAAGCCUUCGAAGAGGCGAGCGGUCGCAAGAUCCCGUACAAAAUAGUCGGCCGCCGGCCUGGAGACAUAUCUGAGAACUAUGCAGAUGUCUCACUCUCGCACAGGCUGUUAGGAUGGCGUGCGACAAGGACGCUAGAGGACAUGUGCCGGGAUACUUGGAGGUGGCAGAGCGCGCAUCCUAAUGGUUUCAAGAGUUAAGUUCAAAGAGCCGAUUUUUGUCAUUGAUUUCACUUUUUUUUUAAUUUGCGAAAAUGUCAUAACAUAUUUAGGUGCUCCGAAUUUCAUACUGUUUUUUUACUGAGAUACGAUCUUGAGAAACAGGUACAGGUUAAAUAAAUAUGAGACACUUUUUUUCUCGAAAUCAUAAUUUUACGGCUAGGGCGUUGAAUCCUGAACGAAGCUAAGGAUUCUAAAAGAAUUCUGAGCAUAACGAGGGAUUCUAUUAUAGAAUUCUAAGCGUAGUGAGGGCUUCUAAAUUAAAAUGGUGAGGAUUCUAUAAUAUAAUUCUGAGCGUAGUCAGAGAUGCAAAAGUAGAAUUCCUAAAAUAGAAUUUAUCUCAAAGUUCAACUCUCAUCCAAGGAACGUAAUGAGAUCAGAA